GGGGUGCGCUUUGCAGAAUGACAGCUAAUUGCUUUUCAUCCUCACUCCUGUCUAGGGCUGAAAUCACAGAUUUUAAGUUAGAGAUGAGGAAAAUGCGAAGAAGAUGUGGUUAACAAGGAAAAGCUUGAAAAUACCUCUAAAGUUCUUUAAAAAUAGGAUGAUGCAAUGUGAAGCCUGUAAAAAAGGGUUCUGCAGCAUUCCAGACCACGAGCACCGAAUCAGGAUGGGAAAAAGACGUUGUGUUCCUCCACUUGAGCCCAAGUUGGCAGCAGGCUGUUGUGGGGUCAAGAAGCCCAAAUUAUCUGGAAGCGGAACGCACAGUCACGGGAACCAGUCCACUACUGUCCCCGGCUCUAGUUCAGGACCUCUUCAAAACCACCAGCAUGUGGACAGCAGCAGUGGACGGGAGAAUGUGUCGUCAGACUUAACUCUGGGACCUGGAAACUCUCCUAUCACACGAAUGAAUCCCGCAUCGGGAGCUCUGAGCCCUCUCCCCCGGCCCAAUGGAACUGCCAAUACCACUAAGAAUUUGGUGGUGACUGCAGAGAUGUGCUGCUACUGCUUCGACGUACUCUACUGUCACCUCUAUGGCUUCCCACAGCCACGACUUCCUAGAUUCACCAAUGACCCCUAUCCUCUCUUUGUGACGUGGAAGACAGGGCGGGACAAGCGGCUUCGUGGCUGCAUUGGGACCUUCUCAGCCAUGAAUCUUCAUUCAGGACUCAGGGAAUACACGUUAACCAGUGCACUUAAGGACAGCCGAUUUCCCCCCCUGACCAGAGAGGAGCUGCCUAAACUUUUCUGCUCUGUCUCCCUCCUUACUAAUUUUGAGGAUGCCAGUGAUUACCUGGACUGGGAGGUAGGAGUCCAUGGGAUUCGAAUUGAAUUUAUCAAUGAAAAAGGCGUCAAACGCACAGCCACGUAUUUACCUGAGGUUGCUAAGGAACAAGACUGGGAUCAGAUCCAGACAAUAGACUCCUUACUCAGGAAAGGUGGCUUUAAGGCUCCAAUUACCAGUGAAUUCAGAAAAACGAUCAAACUCACCAGGUACCGAAGUGAGAAGGUGACAAUCAGUUAUGCAGAGUAUAUUGCUUCUCGACAGCACUGUUUCCAGAAUGGCACUCUUCAUGCCCCGCCCCUCUACAAUCAUUACUCCUGACACAAGGCUGCAUGACCAGUCCCACCCCCCCGUGGCCACCAAUGGCUAUGACAUCAUUGGAGCAGAUGCCUCCUCUUCCUGGUCCAGUUACUUCUAUUACUGCACCAUUUUAUGAUGCUAGCUUCCGUUGCCAAGUCUGCCUCCCACUGACUGAGAGGGUGUGGGGUUACACUGAAUGAAACAGAACUUGAGGGGCCCAAGCCUUAUCUCAGCCUUUCCUCAGUAUGGGGUUCCAUUGGAUUGGGGCUUCUCCAUGACUAGUGAGAAUCGCUGUGUGGGUGCUGAAGACCCUGGUCUGGUGAUUUGCCACGUGUGUUGGCCACACACUGGAAUUAGAGUUGAUGAUCCAUGGAGGUUUUCCCCACACACACUCAGCCUCCCGGAUCAAAUAGGUGUUCCCCUGGCAGUCUGGGCAACGGAGACCAACAAGAAACAUUUUUAGGUUGUUUUAAAUCCCUUUUUUUAAACUUCCAGUUUAUUGCAUACCAAGAGUUGAUCACAAUCUCCGUGCUUCGUAAGUGGACGCCAUGUUAGGGCUGAGGGUGGGCACCAUGAGUUCUUUGAGGCUCUUGGCCAGAGACCCACAUCAAGACCGGAAGCCCUUCAGAUGGCGUUGCAGAUCUCAUUGCUCAAUAAGCCACGAAGGUUUAACAUUCUCACCCCACUCUCAGUUGGAUCGUCUGGCACUCUUCCUGCAUCAAGUCUCCUUGUAUGACACGGAGCUCUGUAGUGUGGCCUGCUGAGGAAUGGAGUGGAGAUGCCCAUGGGAGGUCCUGUUGUCAUCGCUGUGUGCGGUGUGAAAGGAGAGACCUCUUCCUCACCACCUGGCUACCUCACUCCUACUGGUAGCAGUGCCUAUAUAGCUGGGUCUGGGUUCUCAGAAGCACAGGUGUGCACACGGGGCGUCUGGGUUGGGCUCGUUGUCAUUGAGAAUCCAGGGUCUCUUAAGCUGGUUUUCUUUUCAGGCAAACAUCGUGAGGGACCGUUCAGCGUGCAAGUUCAUUUUUUUCCGUUUGCCUGAAGUAGGAAGACUGUUGACGUUUCUGUCCCUUUAUAAGACUCUAGAGCAAAGCUGUGUAAUGAAACAAGGUGAAUCUUAUCUUGCCUACUGUGCUGGGAGUUUUAACCCCACCAUGGCAUAUUUCCAAAUUGUUCAUUUUUUUUCUGGAUUUAAACUUUCGUGUGACCUUUCCCUUCUCGUUUGCUGAUUUCCAAAUAGCUAUCAGUUUUUCUCUCUUGCCUCUUCACUCAUGUGGUGGCAAAGAUCAUAGAACUCUAGGGGAUUUGGCAGAGGCUUUGAAAGCACUCUCACAGGCACUACUAGAGUGACUCACAGGAAGAGGUGGUGAGGAUCCUGAGGACAACACACUGGUUUUCCACAAUAUGCUUAGAGAACUCGAAGUGGAUCAGGUGUCAACCCAGUGAACAUGUAUAUUGAUUUAAUUUAUUUUUUAGUUUAUGUAUUGAUGAUGUGGCUUUCCAAAAUGGGCAUAUGUUCAAAUUUAAAGAUCUUUUGAGCUUUCUUCUUCCAGGAAGUGAGGAGGUGGAGUGGGACACAAUCUAAAAAGACGUUGCCCUCUAGUUUCUGGGAAGGAAUCAGUCAGGGGAAGGACCUGGGGUACAUGGGAAGACUUGUGUGACAUCGGGGUGCCAGGCUGUGUCUCCCUUAUUGCUGAACUGGGUUGCCAUGGCCUGCCAUGGUCCCCUUGCAGUGCAGAUGAAGGUGAAGAGGUUGUCUCAUGAUGUCCUGCUGCUGAGGAUAAUGUCCUGUUACGGAUGUGACAACAGAUACUCUUAGGUGCCAUGGAUUGAUGUCCGGGUGGUCAGCUCUGGACUAAGCCACCCACCUCUAAUUUGUACAACAGUAUUGAUACAUAGGGCUACACUCAUUACUGUUUAAGUGUUCUAUGUUGGAAGUUGUGUUUGAUUUAUAAAGAUUUAAAAAAGCAAAAAAAAUGGUGCUAAAUUUUCACCCCUGAGCACGCUCAGUGAGACUGGUCAUGCAAGCAUUUACAGUGCCAUGUUUCUCGAGCCUAUUUUUCUUGUAGAAAUGUUGCCCUAUUUGUCUUCCCCAAUGUAUAGUAUGUAUUUUAUUUUAUUUUAUUGAGGGUGGGGUAGCGUACCUGCCAUUUGAGAAAAUAAAUAAAAAAAUAAAACCCCCAAAAUGGGGGGGGAAAUCAGUGCACAAGAAUAGGGCUGGUGAAGCCCAGCAUCACACUGAAGUAGGCUCAGUGGUUUUGGACUGAAGAAGCCUUAUAUUAUACUCCCUGCACAUUCCCUCGUGCUCCCAGCAAGUCCGGCAGUGGAGACGCAUGAGCUCCUCUUGCUUUGUCAAGGGGGUUCAGAAGUCAGCCAAGGGAAACUACACAGGCCCUGUCAAAGAGUCCAUCCUGACCAGGGCAUAGUCAGGAAGCAGUCUGGAAGUAUGUGGUCAUGGUGGCCUCGUGGAAACAUGGGGCAGGUGGCUCAGGAAAAAUACCGAGUCUGGGUCAUCUAUGUGGCAGCUUUGCAUAGGGGGGGUGACUGACAGCUCUGAGCUGGAGCAGAUCUGCCUUCCACUUGCUUGACCAAAGCAGUAAUAAGGGUGGCCGGUACAUGUGAACAAGCGGGAGGUAGAGAGACGGUGCUUCCUGCCCAUUGUUUCCUCUGUCUUUGGGGGCCACUGAAUAGUAGGUAACCACUGUUAGAAGGAACCAGCCCAACUUCCUGGCUUGGUUCGGAGUUUGUUUCAUCCCUAGCUGUGAGUGCCUUUUGGUCUGGAAAGUUGGCUUGUCUCAUUAAUACCCACAGCUAGGACAUUUUUCCUGUAAUUAUGAAUUGUCCUUGUUUUACUUCAACUAAAAGAGAGUGUCUUUGAUCACUAGAGUUUGUCAGUGUUGGAUUGUUUCCACUGUGAGGUUCUUAAACUUUUUUCUUCAUAAUAUUGAAACAAUUCAUGUUAGAUACCCUUUCCACAUGAAAGGUUUGUAGUUAAGAUGUUAUAUUUUACGGUUUAUAAUAAAAACCAUCUAUACAAAAGAAGUUCUGCGUGUUAAUUUUAAUAUUUUGCACAAGAUCUGUUUUCCAUGAUAUGUUAACAUCUGCAAUUACACUAACUGUUGAUGUUUUUUUCUAUCGAGAUUUCUGGAGCCUGGGCAUCUAUUUGUUUUUUAUUAUUUUUGUUCUUAUUUCCCUGAAGCAAGAGACUGUAUGGCCUUCAGUGCAAAGAUUUCAGACCACUUCUUUGUAUUACACUUGGUUGCCUCUUGGCUAUAUAACUUCUGAGUGCAAAUCAUUGAUUGAACUCUUUAAUGAAGUAUUGUAGAGAAUAAAUCAUA